GCUCUGUAUAUCAUUCUUUUUCCUUUGGGUGGUCAGGCAAUGUGCAGAGAUAGUCGUGUGGUACCUGGAGCUGCAGCUACUGAAAUUGAGUUGGCUAGGAGAUUGAAAGAGUUUUCUUUUAAAGAAAUAGGAUAGUUUUCCCCUUGGGGACAAUUGGAAUUAGGAAGGUUGGUUAUUACCAAGAACCCUGGCAGAGAAUGUUGGGCUGAAUGCUAUGGAUAUCAUAUCAAAGCUGUAUGAACAACAUGCAUCUGGAAAUGCCAAAGUGGGUGUUGAUUUGGAGGCUGGUGAGACAGGCGAAGAUGUUUGUAAGGAUGUAUCAGCCAUGAAUAUUUGGGAUCUCUAUGUCAAUAAGUUUUUUGCUCUUAAAUAUGCUGUAGAUGCUGCUUGCACUGUCUUACGAGUAGACCAGACUAUAAUGGCAAAACCAGCUGGUGGUCUGACAAGAGAGCAACCUGCAGGAAUGGAUGAGGACUAGCCUCUGCACUGAAAUUGAUCAAUUAUCUCCAUGUUGUAUCGCACUGAGCUGGUUUAGGCAUCUCUCUUUUUAGGCAUCUCGUGUUUUCUUUUGGAUGCCAAAAAACUUUGGCUUGGAAAAUUUUGUUUCAUAUUUUAAAAAGAAAAAUGGUGUUGUACUUUGUUCUACUUAAAUCUCUUCAUUGGCUGUAAUCCUCAACUGAAAAUCAGAUGAAUUAAUUACUCAUUGUCUC